CUGUGGGUCACUUGUGGCUGAUCUAAACACGAUGGACGAAGAAGACGCUUUGGCAGCACGAUGACGUCAAGCCGUGUAGUAACCGGCGCGGAAGAAGAAGCGGCGUGAGUUCACCGUUUCACCGGGAAAACAGUGUUUGUGAGUAAUAAUGGCCUCAGAUGACAUAGCGCAGCUGGCUGAUGCUCUCGCCAAGACCCACGUCGGUGAUGGAGAGUUGAGCUACAAAGGCCUGGGACUGAAGCUGGACGACGCAGAGUCAGUGGAGGAGCUGGUCCGUGAGAUAGAGCAGUACCAGGGUCUGAGAGCUCUCCGCCUGGAGGGGAACACAUUCGGCGUGGAGGCAGCCCGAGCCAUCGCCAAGGCUUUGGAGAGCAAAGACCUGCUCCAGAGAUGUUACUGGAGCGACAUGUUCACCGGAAGGCUGCGCUGUGAAAUCCCAACAGCUCUGAGGUCACUAGGCAGUGCAUUAAUGAGCGCAGGGGCCAGGCUGACUGAGUUGGACCUGAGUGACAACGCUUUUGGGCCGGAUGGCGUGAAGGGAAUCGAGCAGCUGCUGAAGAGCCCUUCAUGCCACAGCCUGAGGGAGCUGAGGCUCAACAACUGUGGCAUGGGGAUCGGCGGAGGAAAGAUCUUGGCUGAAGCUCUGAUCGACUGCCACAGACAAUCACUGUCCCACGGAGCUCAGUUUAAACUGAGAGUGUUCAUCGCUGGCAGGAAUCGCCUGGAGAAUGAAGGAGCCCGUGCCCUGGCCAAGGCCUUUCAGCUGAUGGGCAGCCUGGAGGAAGUCCACAUGCCCCAGAAUGGCAUCAACCAUAAAGGUGUGAUGGCGUUAGCUUCAGCCAUGCGACACAACCCAGAGCUCCGUGUCCUCAACUUAAAUGACAACACCUUCACCAAGAGGGGAACACUAGCCAUGGUCCAGGCUCUGAGGUAUCUGAGACACGUCCAGGUGAUCAACUUCGGUGACUGUCUGGUUCGCUCUGAAGGAGCCAUCGCCCUCGCUGCAGUCUUGAGAGAGGGACUGCCGAUCCUCAGGGAGCUGAACUUGUCAUUUGGUGAGAUCACAGAGGCGGCGGCGCUAGUGGUGGCUCAGGCUGUCCUGGACCAUCCUCACAUGGAGAAAGUGGAUCUGAACGGUAACUGUCUGGGAGAGGAAGGCUGUGAGGCUUUGAGAGAGACUAUGGAGAACAUGGACAAAGGAGACAUGCUGGCAUCACUCAGCGACGAUGAGGGAGAACCUGAUGACGAAGAUGAUGAUGAUGAUGAGGAAGAUGAUGAUGAAGUGAGUGAAGACAAUGAGGACGAUGAGGAAAUUGUCAAGGAAAAUGGAGUGUCAAGAAAAGACAACAGUCCUCCAAAACGUCACAGCCCAGCAGAGAUCACGUCUUUCCUCAGCUGCCCCUCUGUUGAGGAGCUUCUUCGGCUUGGAGAGACGAGGACGAACCUGGUGCAACAGAUUGAUGUAUCUGACCCACAUGAGGCUGCCGAUGUCCUUCUGAAAAUUGCUUCUUUGUACGGCGAGGAACCAGAGACCAAGACAGCAGUUCUAGAAACUAUCGAUGAUGUGUUGAAAAGGCUCUUCUGUGGUUCAGCCAUCCAGUCCUACUGCUUCCUCUCCACACUGCUGGUCAUGAUGGGACUCCUUAAGGGAGAGGGGAAGAUUAAAAAGGUGUCGCUGGUCCCAGGCCAGCUGUUGUGUUUGGAGCACGCGGUCCAGCAGCACUACUUCUCUCAGCAUCAUGCCCUGCUGCUUAACAACUUCAUGUCCAAGAAUAGCGAUGCUCUCAAGUCCUGCAGUGCUGCCAGAGAGAAGCUGAGCUCUGCUCUGGAGAAGAGUGAAAGAAGAACUUUUCGGAAGCUCUGUCCAAUCACAACCACCACUCUGCUGCUCACAAGGUCCAGUCCAGUCCGAGCACUGUGAUGUGUGCAUCAGACUGUAAUGAGGAAUGGGCAGCACCACAUACUCGCCCGUGAACCUGAACACACAGUGUGUGUGUGUGUGUGUGCGUGUGCGUCGCCCUGCACUGAGCACAGUCGUAACACUGAAGAGCUCAGGGGACCAGUUUUUACUUAUUGCAAAAAUGUGCUCUUAUGUAACUUUGCUGCACACACUGAGUUGUCUUACCUCGUAUAGCUGUUUAUGUCUUAAUGAUGUUAUGGGAGCAUUUAAGGGAAGUAGGAGGAGAAUGUAAUACACUUUAAUGGCAUUUAGAUAAUCGUCUGAAUAACAUUAGACUGUGUGGAUUUAUAUUCUGUUGACCUGCUAUGCUGUUACAUUAAAUGCUCUGUCUUAAAUAUAACAAAUCUAACAAGCCUGA